GGCUCGGCGAAGCUGGGAAGGGGAAAGCAGCUGGAGCCGGGAGACCUCACAGGCCGGAAAGUGCGGAGCGCGCCGCGCCCCUGAGCCGCCCGGCCUUCGGGUCCCGCGUCGCCGCCGUGGCGGGGACUGUGCACCAGGCGGCGGGAUGCGGCGGGGCGGCCGCCUGAGCGUCCCCGAUGGCCCGCGGCGGGGCGGCCUGCAAGAGCGACGCGCGGCUGCUGCUGGGCCGGGACGCGUUGCAGCCGGAGCCCGCGCUGCUGGCCCCCGCGGUGCUGCUGGGUGCCGCGCUCGGCCUCGGCCUCGGCCUCUGGCUCGGCUGCCGCGCGGGCCGCAGGGGCCCGCGGCACCAGAGAGACGACACUCAAAAUCUGCUCAGGAAUUUGGAGUCUAAUGCACAGACCCCCUUGGAAACUGGCUCCCCAUUGAGGAGGAGGAAGAGAGAAGUGCAGAUGCCGAAGGACAAGGAAGCUGUUGAUGAAUGUGAGCCACCUUCCAACAGCAACGUCACAGCAUUCGCUCUGAAGGCAAAAGUCAUCUACCCCAUCAAUCAGAAGUUCCGGCCUCUGGCCGAUGGCUCCUCCAACCCGUCUCUGCACGAAAACUUAAAGCAGGCUGUGUUGCCGCACCAGCCAGCAGAGGCCUCCCCUUCCAGCAGCCUGGGGAGCCUGAGCCAGGCUGAGAAGGAUGACUACAGCUCCUCGUCCAGUGUCCACUCAGCCGCCAGCGAUGACAGGUUUCUCAGCCGCACGUUCCUCCGGGUGAACGCCUUCCCUGAGGUGCUGGCCAGCGAGAGUGUAGACAUUGACCUGUGUAUCUACAGCCUUCACUUAAAAGACCUGCUGCAUUUGGACACGGCUCUGAGGCAGGAAAAGCACAUGAUGUUUAUGCAGAUUUUUAAAAUGUGCCUCCUUGAUCUUCUUCCUAAAAAGAAUGAUGAAUUAUACCAGAAGAUCCUUUCAAAGCAAGAAAAUGAUUUGGAGGAAUUAGAAAAGGGACUUCAGGUGAAACUGUCAAACACGGAAAUGUCAGGGGCUGGUGACUCUGAGUACAUCACCCUAGCUGAUGUGGAAAAGAAGGAGCGAGAAUACUCUGAACAGCUAAUUGAUAAUAUGGAAGCUUUCUGGAAACAAAUGGAAAACAUCCAGCACUUUCUUGUGGACCAAUUUAAGUGUUCCAGCUCCAAAGCCCGACAGCUCAUGAUGACUCUGACGGAAAGAAUGAUUGCAGCCGAAGGGCUAUUGUGCGAUUCUCAGGAGCUGCAGGCUCUGGACGUCCUGGAGAGGACAAUGGGGCGGGCGCACAUGGCAAAGGUGAUCGAGUUGCUGAGGCUGCAGGUCCAGGAGGAGACCAGGUGCCGGCUGGCUGCCAUCGCCCAUGGCCUGGAGCUGCUGGCUGGUGAGGGGAAGCUGUCUGGGCGGCAGAAGGAGGAGCUGCUCACGCAGCAGCACAAGGACUUCUGGCAGGAGGCAGAGUGCUUCAGCAGGGAGUUUGUCCAACGAGGCAAAGACCUGGUCAAGGCGUCUCUGGCUCACCAGGUGGAGGGGACGGCAAAACUCACACUGGCCCAAGAGGAAGAACGGACACGCUUCCUGGCUGAGGCCCAGCCGACUGCUGACCCGGAGAAGUUUCUUAAGGCUUUCCAUGAGGUCCUGGAAAGGCAGAGGCUGCUGCGGUGCCACCUGGAGGAAGAGGAGAAUGUGAGAGCCACCGAGGCGGUGGUCGCACUCUGCCAGGAGCUGUACUGCAGCACUAUGGACACUUUCCAGAAGUUUGUGGACACCCUGUUCCUUCAGACACUCCCUGGCGUGACUGGCCUCCCCCCGGAAGAGUGUGACUACUUGAGGCAGGAAGUCCAGGAGAACGCUGCCUGGCAGCUGGGGAAAUCGGAUCACUUCCGGAGGCAGCAGUGGAAACUCUUCCAGGAGCUCCUAGAGCAAGACCGGCAGGUGUGGAUGGAGGAGUGUGCGCUGUCCAGCGUGCUGCAGACGCACCUGCGGGAGGACCACGAGGGCACCAUCCGUGGCGUCUUGGGCCGACUGGGCGGCCUCACUGAAGAGUCCACGCGGUGUGUCCUGCAGGGGCAUGACCUGCUUCUGCGCUCGGCCCUCCGGAGGCUGGCACUCCGCGGCAGUGCCCUGGCCACCCUGACACAGAUGCGGCUCUCGGGGAAGAAGCGCCUCCUGCAGGAGCUACGGGAGCAGCGUGUGCUGGAGCAGGGGUCCUCCCAGUGCCUGGACGAGCAUCAGUGGCAGCUACUCAGGGCCCUGGAGGCGCGUGUGCUGGAGGAGGCCAGCCGGCUGGACGAGGAGGCUCAGCAGACACGGCUGCAGCUCCAGCAGCGGCUCCUGGCCGAGGCCCAGGAGGUGGGGCAGCUUCUACAGCAGCGUGUGGAGUGUGCCAUCGGGCAGGCGCUGCUUGUGCACGCACGGAAUGCAGCCACCAAGAGCCGGGCCAAGGACAGGGAUGACUUCAAGAGGACGCUGAUGGAGGCAGCAGUGGAGAGCGUCUAUGUGACCAGCGCUGGUGUCAGCCGCCUAGUGCAGGCGUAUUACCAGCAAAUCGGGAGCAUCAUGGAGGACCACGAGGAGAGCAGACUGCAGCACCUGAAGACACUGCAGGGCGAGAGGAUGGAAAAUUACAAGCUUCAGAAAAAGCAGGAGCUCAGCAGCCCUUCGUCUGGCGGCAGGACAGCAGGUGGCGCUCAUGAGGCCUCCCACGCGGUCCACCAGAGGAUGCUGUCCCAGCAGAAGAGGUUCCUGGCCCAGUUCCCGGUGCACCAGCAGAUGCGUCUGCACGCCCGGCAGCAGCAGGCAGGAGUCAUGGACCUUCUGGAAGCCCGGCUGGAGACCCAGCUGCAGGAAGCGGAACAGAGCUUCAUCACUGAGCUGGCAGCCUUGGCCCGAGUGCCCCUCGCGGAAAGCAAACUGUUCCCCGCUAAGCAUGGGCCGCUGGAGAAGCCCCUAAGGACUAAAAGGAAGAAACCCCCACCCCGGGAAAGAGAGGACCUGGGGGUUCCCAAUGACGAGGACCUUGCCGCCGGGGCCCACACCUCAGGCUCACUUAGGGGGGACUUCAUGAGGGGUCCAAGCCUCAGGCCAAGAACCCACGAUGCAGACCCUGGAAUCCCCAGCCCAAAGGCCUGUCCUGGCCCACCUGGGGCUGAGGAUGUACAGAUACAUAAUGACACCUGCAGAAAUUUAUUUUCUGAGGUCACUUAGAAUAUGAGGAAGAGGGCAUGGCCCCAGCCUUCACUUCACCUGGGGAGGGCUUCUUCCAGACAGCAGACCCCUUGCCCCUGCAAAGAGAGGUCAUGGGGCACCUGCUCUCCAGAUGGAUAGUGAGAGCAUCCAGAAGCUUCCAGACCAGCCCCUUGUCCACCACAACCAGGAGAGGCCUUUCCUGCCUGGAGAGAAGCUUCCAGACCAGCCCCUCUCACCACAGCCAGGGAGGCCUUUCCCAGCUGGAGAGAAGCUUCCAGACCAGCCCCUCACACCACAGCCAGGGGAGGCCUUUCCCACCUGGAGGGAAAAUGGCUCCUUUCAUUGAGGUUCAGGACUGUCACCCUGAGCACUGUGAACAUUUUGGGCAAGGUCAUUCGUUAGGGGAAGGAGUUGCCCAGUGCACCACAGGAUGUUCCAGUGUCCCUGGCCUCCGCCCAUCAGAUGCCAGCACCUCCACCAGUCAUGGCAACCAAGAAUGUCUCCAGACACUGUCCUGUGUCCCCGGGGUAUCACCCCCUGUGCUGAGUCAAAGAGUGCCUGCCCUGGGCAAAUCCAGGACAGCCAUGGGUGUGUCCACAAAUCCCCAGAACCUAGUGAGCCCUUUGGCUCUGGGAGCCCCUAUCUCAGGGAUUUUCUGGGCCAUUUGUGACUUUUCAUUUCUUAAAACCUGAAAUAGAC